AGUAGUGGGUAUUGCGGAAUGGCUGGCGUCCCCACCACUGCGGUCUAUCGCGAACCUGAGUGGUCGGGCCCGGCCAGGUUGCCGAUUUAUCUCGAGUUCAUCUCCAACGGCCAGGUGUUGCGAGAAGUUGAUAUACGCGAUGAAAAGAAGUGUUAUUUUAUGUUCGGUCGGGACCCAGCGGUUUGUGACAUUCCUCUGGGCAAAUGGGAACCCCGGAGUUCCAGGCAUCACGCCGUUCUCCAGUUCAAAGAAGGUGCGGAGUCUUUCUAUUUAUACGAUCUGAACUCGACCCAUGGCACUGUGGUGGAUGGGAAGAGGAUUCCAUCUGGGGAGUAUGUAGAAGUGCAUGUGGGUGAUCAAGUACAGUUCAGCAGUGUGUCGCCGAAGCUCACGUUGGUGAUCCAAGGCCCGGAAGAGCUCCGCCCUCAGGAGACGGAGGUUGAUCUUGCAGCCUUCCGAGAGGAGGCUCAGUCCGAGCGGGAGAUCGAGCGCCAACGGCAUGAGCGUGAUCGAGAGCGGAGACGGGCGAUGCGGCAACAAGAACGGGCAGAUCGUCGAGCUGAGAAGAUAGCGGCGGUGGUCGGGGCCGCCUCGUCCUCCUCAGCAGCUCCUGGCGGGACUGUCUUUCGAGGAGUGAGGGAGGAUGAUGGACUAGAGGAAGCUAUGAUGGAAGCUGAUGCACAGGACGAGCUCACUAAAGAGCUGGACGUCUUCGACGAGACGGGCCUGCAGAUUGACACGCGUAAAUUGGAGCAGUUGCAGCUCAACGACAAGCAACGACAAUUGUUAUUGAAGAUCGCUGAGAAACGGCGAAAGCUCGAGAGCAACCGCGAGAUGUUAGAAACUGCCCAGAUGGAGGCGGGCGGAGGAGGAGGAGGGCCAAGUGUUCCUUCUUGGCGGAAUACUGGAGCCUUUGAGGAUGAAGUUGAGCGGAUAAAAAGUACGCAUCAGAAGAAAUUCCAAGGAGAUGCUAAUAAGCUAUUCAAUAGAGUGAGCCGAAUAGAGGCAGACCUACAGACGAUGACCGACAACUUGUUGCUGUCCCUGGGGGUCAAGAACCCUAUGCGGGACCGGAUGAAAAGGAAGGAGCUCACAAAGCUGUACGACACCGACGUCCUGGCCUUGGACGAGGAGGAUGAUUAUUACGACCAGGCCUCGGCAGAGAUGGCGCGCCGAGAGGCCUCUGAUGAUGGAGCUCAGCGAUCUCAUCACGGGGAGGAGGCAGGCGAGUAUGGCGAUCUACCGGAUGUCGCUGCUGAGGGGGAGACGGCCAAGACUUUGACGGAGAAAAAGAAGGCACUAAUAAGUCUGUUACGGGAAGCUGUAUCGGUGGUGAAGCAGAAGGAGGCACAAAUUGCUAUGAAGAAGGCAUCAGCAUCUCGGGCCGACUCCCUCGAUGCCUACAUGGUUGAGAAUGAGGUGAAGUUGAUGGAAGCCGAGAAGGAGGCUGCCGAGAAGCGCGGAAUGGCCAUCAAAGAUCGUCUCGAGAGUAUAACGAAGUUGCUCUCCCUCGCGAUGGCAGGCAGCACAUCGGUGGAUGAGGUUGAACAGGCUAAGCGGGAGCAGGAGGAGCUCAAGGUGAAGAGGGCGGCUCGAGCUGCUCAGGCUGCGAGGAGGCAGGAAGAGGAGGAGGAGGAAGCCCAACGCCGUAAGAAAGCGAGGAAGGAGGUCCCUACGGAUUCUAUAUUCGGAUUGGAGCUCGAGGCUGAUGAGUUGACGAAAGCCGCAAUAGAGAAGAGGACGGAGCUUAUGCGACAACAACAACAACAUGUGUCGUCGGGUCGGACACUAUCAUCAGGAGUGGCUGCGAUAGAUCCCACUGUAGGCGGCAUACAGGGACGGGGAGAGGCAGUUGAGCCUCAAAUUGAGGAGUCCAAGCCGGAAAAGGAAGGAGCUGGACAUGCUUCUUGGCCGGAGGUUCCCACAACACGGUACGACGAGGAUGCCGAGGAGAGCACGUGGAUGCCGCCGGCUCAUAGUGAUGAAAAGCAGGAAGCACUACGGAAGAAGCUUGGAUAUUGACGAUACGUUUCCAUCAACCUGUAGACAACCAAUCAUUGUGUCCUACUAUGGGAGAUGUGGAGUGUCGGUGUUGCCUCAACACAAAGACGUCAGGCUUUACCUUAGCGUAUACUAGUUGCAAAUGCACUAUACGUAACUGGGAGCUUUCAUU